GAGGCAGGCGGGGUAUCAUAUGACAUCCACGUCAGGGCUGUCGAGAGCGGACCGCUCGUGCGGAUUCCGGCUCGCCCUCCAUUCCCGGCGCCCGAGCUCGCUUCAGAUCCAGCCUUGCUCCUAGCUAACCCUAGCGAGCCAGCGAGCGAGCGAGCAUGAAAUCUCUCCGUCCCGACCAAGAUCAGAUGGAGCUACUCAAUCAGGGGAAGGCCAGUCUCACCUCCGCCACGCAAUUUCCACUAUCAAUAAUUUAAAUCUGUAUUUGAGACAUAAAAACAGAAAAAGGGGGGAGGGGGGACCGAGGCGGCGGCGGCGGCUUCUUGCAAGAGAGAUUUGGACCAGAAGUUCCACCAAGUGAAAAGAGUGAUGACCAUCCUUUUCCUUACUAUGGUUAUUUCAUACUUCAGUUGCAUGAAAGCUGCCCCAAUGAAAGAAGUUAGCCUCAGAGGACAAGGCAGCUUGGCUUAUCCCGGUCUCCGGACGCAGGGAAACCUGGAGAACCUAGGUGGGCCCAAUGACGCCACAAGAGGGUUGACAUCUUUGGCAGACACUUUUGAACAUGUCAUAGAGGAGCUCUUGGAUGAGCAGGAGGUCAUCCAGCCCAGCAAGGAAAACAAGGAUGCGGACUUGUACUCGUCUCGGGUUAUGCUAAGCAGUCAAGUGCCUUUGGAGCCUCCACUGCUCUUUCUGCUUGAGGAGUAUAAAAACUACUUGGAUGCUGCAAACAUGUCCAUGAGGGUCCGGCGCCACUCUGACCCUGCUCGCCGUGGGGAACUGAGCGUAUGUGACAGUACCAGCGAAUGGGUAACAGCAGCGGAGAAAAAGACUGCGGUGGACAUGUCAGGGGCGACGGUGACAGUUCUGGAAAAAGUCCCAGUACCCAAAGGCCAACUGAAGCAAUAUUUUUACGAGACCAAAUGCAACUCAAAGGGUUAUACGAAAGAGGGCUGCAGGGGCAUAGACAAGAGGUACUGGAACUCCCAGUGCCGAACUACCCAGUCUUACGUGAGAGCUCUCACCAUGGAUAAUAAAAAGAGAGUUGGAUGGCGCUUUAUAAGAAUAGACACUUCCUGUGUUUGUACACUGACCAUAAAAAGGGGAAGAUAGUGGAUUCGUGUUGUAUAGAUUAUAUUGAGACAAAAUUUAUCUAUUUGUAUAUAUACAUAACAGGGUAAAUUAUUCAAGUAAGAAAGAAAAUAAUUUUAUGGACUGCAUGUAUAAAUGAAGUUUAUACAGUACAGUGGUUCCUCAAUCUAUUUAUUGAACAUAUCCAUGACCUAAAGGGGAGCAAAAGAGAGAGAGAGAGAAAGAGAGAGAGAGAGAGAGAGAGAGAGAGAGAGAGGAAGGAGAUAUCUG